AUGUCCUUCACCCCUCAGUCCAUCCCCUCGCUCUCCGGCCGCGUCUUCUUCAUCACAGGCGGCACCGCCGGCCUCGGCGCGGGCACGAUCUCCCUCCUAGCCCAACACGGCCCAGCACACAUCUACUUCUCCGGCCGGAACGCGCGCAACGCCCAGUCCGUCAUCGACAAAGUCAGGCGCACCAACCCGGACGUGCCCGUGACGUUCAUCCAAUGCGACCUAGCGGACCUGUCGGCCGUGAAGACCGCGGCGGCAGAAUUCCUCGCGCAAGCCCAGCGCCUGGACGUGCUGUACGCCAACGCGGGGAUCAUGGCCCUCCCGCCCGGCACGACGCGCGACGGAUACGAACUGCAAUUCGGCACGAAUCACAUGGGCCACGCGCUGCUCGUCAGGUUGCUUCUCCCGCUGAUGCAGCGCACGGCCAGGGAGCAGCAGCCGGGCGCCGCAGACGUACGCAUCAUCAUCAGCUCGUCGGUCGCGUACAAACAAGCUCCGCGCGAGGGAAUCGCGUUCGAGACGCUAAAGACCUCGCAGGACGGGCUGGGCGGCUUGAUCCCCGGCGGGAAGUGGUGCAGGUACGGGCAGAGCAAGCUGGCGAACAUGCUGUACGCGCAGGGUCUGGCGAAACGGUAUCCCGAAAUCACGUCCGUGGCGGUCCACCCGGGUUAUAUCAAGACGGAUCUGUUCGCCAACGUGUCGUUCAUGACGGCGCUGCCUGUGCGCAUCAUGGCCGCGGGCCAGUGGACGUCCGUGGAGGAAGGCCCGUAUAAUCAGACUUGGGCGGGCACCACGGCCAGGCAGAACCUCGAAAAUGGCGCGUACUAUGUGCCUAUUGCGAAGAAGGGUGCACUGGAGACUGCGGCGGCAAGGGAUGCAAGCUUGGUGGAUCGGCUAUGGGAGUGGACGGAGAAGGAAUUGGCGGCAUUUUUGUGA